AUGUCAGAGUCAACCACCUCUAAAGCAGAAGAAUAUCGAUCUCUUUACCAAAAAUACCUCGAAUGCUGCAACGCACACGACUUUGAAGGCAUGAAGACCUUCUACAAGUCCCCUAUCAAUAUCAUGGACAAACCCCUAGACCCAAACGAUGUUGUUGCUCAGUUUAGACCUCUAGUGGUGGCGUUUCCUGACUGGAAAUGGGAACUACGACGUCUAGUCAUCGAGGGUGACUAUCUUUCAUUGCAUUUCAGAAUCACUGGGACGCAUGAGGGUGAAUUUCGAGGAUACAAACCGACUGGGCGCAAGGUGGAAACUACAGAGUUUACUCUUUAUCAUGUUGUUGAUGGCAAGUUUGCAGAGGUUUGGGCCUUGAUUGACUUUGAGGCAUUGGUUGAACAGAUCAAAUGA